GGCGGCCUCGUACUAUAAAGACUCAUCUGUUUAUGUUUAUGGUAAGGGCGUCUAAUUGUUAUCAUUUUCAUUCGUUGUAUUCUGAACAAUGCCUGAUUUUAUAAUUGAAUGAUUAACAUUCGGUAAAAAGGCUUUACAAUCCAAAAGCAUAGAUAUAUCGUUAACGCAGCAUUUAUUUUGAGGAUUAUUUGCUUUCAACUAUAAUGACUGAACGGGACUUGAAAGAUCCGACAGGGAAAGUAGUGUUUCGUGCUGUUGAGUAUGAUGGAACUCGCUUUCCUGCAAUUAUAUUUGGGAACAUAGCCAAUCAACUGAGAGAACUCAAUGGAAUGACUUUCAAGGAGAGUGAUGUCUUUGUUGUAGCAUAUCCAAAAUCUGGAACUCACUGGUGUUAUGAAAUCGUGGCCAUGCUUAGAAAUAACAGUUCAGAGCUCACAAAACAAUCGCCGCCUUUGAUUGACAGGCUACCUGUCGAGAAACUCAGGCAGGUGUUCGAUGGGGUUCGAGUGUCCCAUCUUUUGCCUCGACAUAUGCCCAGAGAUUCUAUUGAAAGGCGGUGUAAAAUCAUUCACAUUUACAGGAACCCAAAAGAUGUUGCCGUCUCGUAUUUUCACUUCCUAAAGAAGACCAAAGAAGGAGAGCUCAUAAAGGACAUGGAGUUUGAUGUGUUCUUCCAAAUGUUUAUCACAGACCAGUUACAUCGAGGUUCUUGGAUAGAUUACGUCAAGGAAUGGACAGAUUUCAAAGAAGAAAAUGUUGAAUACCCAUUACUGAACAUCUGUUACGAGAGCAUGAAAAAGGACCUCAGAGGACACGUUAAAAUCAUUGCAGACUUCCUUGAAGUGAAACCAAGUGAAGAAUUAAUGGACGAAAUCGCUCACAAAUGUGAAUUUCAAACUAUGUCUGCUUUUAAACACAAUAACAUUCCGGAUAGCAUGUGCAGGAUAACCGAAGUACGGGACAAACAUAUCAUGUACAGAAAAGGAGAAGUUGGCGACUGGAAAAACUGGUUGACAGUCGCGCAAAGUGAAGCAUUAGAUGAGAGAAUCCAAGCAAGAAACCUGCCUUUGGAGAUACAUUAUUCCUGAUAAAAUAUAAUUCAACCAACCAAUUAUAAUUGUGCAAACAGUCAGCAUACAACCUUGGAUUUUGAGAGUAGUUCUAUUCUUAUUUAUCCAAACAGUGAGAUUAUUGUUUUUAGAGCUUACAUUGCCUCGUUUUGUACAAUAAAUGAUGAUACAUAUAUUCAGGAAUCUAGAUGAUUAACAAAUUACCCAUCAGAUCUAGAAAACAAGUUACAAUAUGGUAACUACAUUACUAAAUUUAAUAGUAAUAUUUAGUAAAGGAAAAAUCAAUGUAGUCUAACUUUCUAAACUCAAUAUUUUCCUAUGUGUAUGUCUAUAUACAAGGGUCUUCUUACAAAGAAGAUUAAUAAAGUCUAAAAAUAGCCA